AUGGGGACGGGGUCCGAUCAGGAAGCCGGAUCGUCUUCCCAAUCGCUGCCAUCUGUUCCCACGGAAGACACUCCUCUUUUGGGUCCCCGAACAUUGUCGUCGCAGCCAAAGACCUUCGCGAAUGUAUUCAUCGCCAUCGUCGGCGCCGGCGUGCUCGGCCUUCCCUACACCUUCAAGAAGACCGGAUGGCUGUUGGGCCUCCUCACGCUCCUCUUCGUGGCCUCCCUCACCUUCUUCUGUAUGAUGCUCCUCGUCCACACCCGCCGCAAACUCGAGUCUCUCUCGGGAUUCUCCAGCAUCACUUCUUUCGGAGAUCUCGGCGAAUCCGUCUGCGGACCCGCAGGGCGUCUCGUGGUCGACGUUAUGCUUGUCCUCUCGCAGGCGGGGUUCUGCGUCAGUUACCUCAUCUUCGUCGCCACCACAAUGGCCAAUCUCCUCAGCCGUGGCACGGAUCACAUUCUGGGGCUGGAUCCAAGCUCCAUUUACAUGUGGGGGUGCUUCCCCUUUCAGCUGGGUCUCAACUCAAUCCCAACGCUCACCCAUCUCGCCCCUUUGAGUAUAUUCGCCGACGUAGUGGACGUGGCAGCCACCAUGGUGGUUAUGGUGCAGGAUGUUUUCAUCUUCCUGAAACGAAGACCUCCCUUGAGAGUCUUCGGAGGCUUCUCUGUUUUCUUCUACGGGCUGGGAGUCGCUGUGUACGCAUUCGAAGGGAUCGGAAUGGUGCUGCCGCUGGAACUGGAGGCGAAAUACAAAGACAAGUUCGGCAGGGCGCUGGGGCUAGCCAUGGGCCUAAUCUCCAUCAUGUACGGAGCGUUCGGGCUGCUCGGGUACAUGGCUUACGGAGAGGAGACGAGAGACAUCAUCACCACAAACCUGGGGACAGGAGUGGUGAGCACUCUGGUGCAGCUGGGCCUAGCAAUCAACCUCUUCUUCACAUUUCCCCUCAUGAUGCACCCUGUCUACGAGGUCAUCGAACGCCGCCUCUGCAACUCCCGUUACUCCGUCUGGGUGCGCUGGGCCACUGUGCUGGUGGUCACUCUCGUGGCCCUCCUCGUCCCUAAUUUUGCAGACUUCCUAUCUCUGGUCGGGAGCAGUGUGUGCGUUGUGCUGGGCUUCGUCUUGCCAUCGCUCUUCCACUUGCAGGCUUUCAAAAACGAAUUGAGCAUUGCAAGAGUGGUGGUAGACGUUCUUGUUUUCCUCAUCGGCGUUACUAUAGCCGUCACCGGGACCUGGACGGCCGUACACGAGAUCCUGACAUCCAAGGCCUGA